GACUCACGAAAAUCGCGGUGCUGAUUUGAUGAGAGGGGACAGCGGGGAGGGGAGAUGCCCCGGCUCGGUCCCCGCCGGGGCUCGCCUGUGACAUCAGCAGGAAAGCGGCGAUAAAAGCGGCGGGCGGAGGGGACUCCGGCUCACACAGCCGCCACCUGCCUCGGGGGACAGCAGCGGCCACCUCUGCCCGCCUGGCCCCGCCACAUCGGAGCCUUCAGCAGGGCUCAGGAGACUUCACAGCCAAGUCACAGGGCCUGGAAGUGCUGAGGAUGAAGCUGGGGGUCGCCUGCCUCCUGUGGCUGCUGCUCGUCUGCCUGACCCUGCCCGCCACCCACGGCCGCGUCCUGGAGCGCUCCAUGGAAAUCAGGAGUAGGGAGAACAUGAACCCGGACAUCGACCCCUCGUGGUACACGGGCCGCGGGAUCCGGCCCGUGGGGCGCUUCGGGAGGCGACAAGCCCUGGGCGGGCCGGGGCCGCGGGGCUGCGCAGCCCCCCGCCCUCCGCGGCUGGAGCUGCACCCCUGAACUGCAGCUGGC